UAAAUUAUAUGUUGUUAGAUUCAAGAAGAAAAAAAAAGAAUAGAUCUAAAAGAAAAAAUGGAACAAAUAUACAUAUAAAUAUACAUAUCUAUGUACAAAUCAAAGAUGAGUUUUGGUACACUUCCCAAGAGUUGCUCUGUUCUUCAUCCAAAAGGGUCUUCAUAAAUCAACUUAUUAUAAAAGCCAAGGCACAUAUAUAUAAGUAUGAAGAAGAUGGAAAAGAAGGAGCAUGGUGAUUUUGAAGAUGAGUUAGAAGAAAAUUUAGAAGAAAUAAUGGAAUUAGAAAGUGAUGAGUUGGGAAGUAAUGAAUCAUGGAGAAAACAAAUAACAUGUAGAGGAGUAAUAGCAAGUGUUGUGAUUGGUACAAUUUAUAGUAUCAUAGCUAUGAAACUUAACCUCACAACUGGUAUGGUUCCUCAUUUCAAUGUCUCUGCUGCUUUACUUGCUUUUAUCUUCAUCAGAACAUGGACACAACUUCUUCAAAGAUUUGGUUACCAAUCUAAGCCUUUUACUAGACAAGAGAAUACCAUUAUUCAAACUUGUUCAGUUGCUUGUUAUAGCAUAGCUGUUGGAGGUGGAUUUGCAUCGUAUUUAUUAGGGUUAAACAAAAAAACAUAUGAAUUAUCAGGAGUACACAAUGAAGGAAACUCUAUUAAUAGUACUAAAGAACCUGGCUUAGGUUGGAUGGUUGCUUUUCUUUUCUUGGUUUGCUUUGUUGGUCUUUUUGUUCUAAUUCCUCUAAGAAAGAUAAUGAUAGUGGAUCUGAAGUUGACUUACCCAAGUGGAUUAGCAACUGCUGUUUUAAUUAAUGGUUUCCAUACUCGUGGGGAUAAAAUGGCCAAGAAACAAGUACAUGGUUUCUUGAAGUAUUUUUCAUGGAGUUUUGUUUGGGGACUAUUCAAGUGGUUUUAUAGUGCAAAUGAAGAAGAAUGUGGGUUCUCACAAUUUCCUACUUUUGGCUUACAAGCUUGGAAAAACACGUUUUUCUUUGAUUUCAGCACAACAUAUGUGGGAGCAGGAAUGAUAUGUUCUCACUUAGUAAACCUAUCAUUGCUUCUUGGAGCUGUGAUUUCAUAUGGUGUAAUGUGGCCACUUAUUGGCAAACUUAAAGGAGAUUGGUUCCCUCAAAGUUUAAGUGAAAGUGAUAUGAAGAGUCUUUAUGGUUACAAGGCUUUUCUAUCUGUAUCUCUCAUUUUAGGUGAUGGGCUUUACAAUUUUGUCAAGAUACUUGCUUCUACAAUCAUCAAUAUGCAUCAAACAUUCAAAGACAAAAAUAAUCCAGAAACAAGAGAGAACAAGAAAAAGUCAGGAAAAGCAGUAGAAGAAAAGCAAAACCAAAUCUUCUUAGGAGAAACAAUUCCACUAUGGAUAGCCAUAACAGGAUACGUAAUCCUCUCCUCAAUCUCCACAAUCGUAAUCCCAAUCAUGUUCCCACAGCUCAAAUGGUACUACGUCGUCGUUUCAUACCUCUUAGCUCCAUCUCUCGCCUUCUGCAACGCUUACGGAACAGGCUUAACUGACAUAAACAUGGCUUACAACUACGGCAAGAUCGCACUCUUCAUCCUCGCCGCCAUAACCGGAAAGCAAAACGGCGUCGUAGCAGCCCUAGCAGGAUGCGGAUUAAUCAAAUCUGUAGUCUCAGUCGCAUGUAUUCUAAUGCAAGAUUUCAAAACAGGACAUCUAACCUUAACUUCUCCACGAGCGAUGUUCGCUAGCCAAGUCAUCGGAACCGCCUUAGGUUGUAUAAUCGCUCCUCUGAGUUUUUUCCUCUUUUACAAAGCCUUCGAUGUUGGAAACCCUAAGGGAGAAUUCAAAGCUCCUUACGCCUUGAUCUAUAGAAAUAUGGCGAUUCUUGGAGUCCAAGGGUUUUCUGCUCUGCCGCGUCAUUGUUUGCAAUUGUGUUGGGGCUUUUUUGGGUUUGCUGUUGGUGUUAAUUUGGUUAGGGAUCUUUCGCCGGUGAAGAUUGGAAAAUGGAUGCCUCUUCCUAUGGUGAUGGGAGUUCCGUUCUUGGUUGGAGCUUAUUUCGCCAUUGAUAUGUGUGUGGGGACCUUGAUUGUGUUCGUGUGGGAGAAGAUUGAUGCGAAGAAGGCGGAGCUUAUGGCGCCGGCGGUGGCUUCUGGUUUGAUCUGUGGAGAAGGGAUGUGGAUUUUGCCGGCUUCGGUUCUUGCCUUGGCCAAGGUGAAGCCACCUAUUUGUAUGAAGUUUUUGAGCUCUUAAGAGAAUGUUAUAUUAAUGGGCUUUUAAUUGUUGGGCCUUUUUUAUUUGGGCUUUAUUUAAGGUUUUCAUAAAUAUCAUUUUAUUUUUAGUUUUGGGGUUAAAUGAUUAGUUGGAGAAUGGAAUUGAAUGUUAAAGGGAUAAUGCUUCACUUGAUUUCUAAUGGUAUGAUGUGUUGUGACUA